AUGAACUCUUACAACUCGCUCGCACCACUACCACCAGUGGAAUGCUCCGGUUUUGGCGUGAUAAGCCCGCCACCCCUCGCAGCCGGGGCCGCCCCCCGUCGCAAGCAACACUUUUACAUCGCGCGCACAAAGAAGAGCGUCGCGCUCGCAAUCGCCAACUCCUUGUCUUCCACCCGGAUCAUAUCUCCCAGCUGGUCGAAGAACUCGAUGGAUGGCAACGAAGAGAUUGAUAUUUUCGAAGAUGGCCAAGACGGUGAUGACGAUGAUGGCCAAGAUGUGGUCGGCCAAGACGUUUUCGCGGCCAUCCGCCGACACAAUGUCACUACCCAGCGAUCAAGGAGGGGGAUCCACAGGAUGAAGUACCCCGUCGAUGGCAAGAAGAACAUUCGCAGAGACCCGACCGUUGCUACCCACAACAAAGCUCUAUGGGCGGCUGAACGCGAGAAGAAGUGA